GGUUUACCAGGAUUGGUCAGACACGGACACGGCUGAUCACGGGAUUGGUCAGCGUGAGGAGGAAGUGGAUACAAUGUGACAAAGCUUCGGAGAUCGCGGCGCUAUGCUGACCGUGACCACGCUGAUUUCAGCCCUCCUCUUGUUCUCUGGGCUCAUUUGGGGGGAUGAUGAUUCCGACUGGGUGAAACUCCCCAAUAAAUGUGAAGUUUGCAAGUACCUUGCUGUGGAAUUGAAGUCAGCUUUUGCUGAAACCGGAAAGACCAAUGAGGUGAUUGAUACCAAAUACAGCUUUAUGGAAGGAAAGGGUUCGAGGAUUAAAUACAGGCACUCGGAUAUUAGGCUGAUUGAAGUCACGGAAAACAUUUGCAACCGGCUGCUGGAAUACAACCUGCAUAAGGAGCGGAGUGGGAGUAACCGCUUUGCUAAGGGAAUGAGUGAGACAUUCCAAACUCUGCAUGGCCUUGUUCAUAAGGGUGUGAAAGUGGUAAUGGACAUCCCCUAUGAGUUGUGGAAUGAAACAUCUGCCGAAGUGUCUGAUAUGAAGAAACAGUGUGAUGUGAUGGUAGAAAUGUAUGAGGACGCUAUUGAGGACUGGUAUAAGAAUCACCAAGAGGAAGACCUCACAAUAUUCCUCUGUGAACGACACGUGUUAAAGCCCCACGAAACAGAAUGUUUGAAGGAAGAAUGGACCGGCCGGAAGGGCGACCCUGCGGCCAUUGAUAUGGAGAAGAAGAAGAAGAAGAAAAAGAAGAAAGAUACGAAUGGGAAGGAAGAGGACAAAAAGAAAGGGGAAAAGGGAAAGAAGAAAAAGCAAGUAGAAGAGGAGAGUGAGCAAGAGGAGGGAGGAAACAUAUCAUCAGGCGAUGAGCAAACACAGCAGGAAUUGCAUCCUUCCCACAGACCUGAUGAACUGUAAAGACUGAAAGACAUGAGCAGGAAGCAUUUAUUGAGAAUAGUAUUUUAAAGAGCAUCGUGGUUUAAAAAAAAUCAUUGACCUGAACCAUAUGGACCUUGCUCUUAGAUGUGCGUUUAAAUAUAUUUAAAUUUAUCAGGUCUUUUGUGAGCAAGUGGUUACUCUUCUAGCUGAUACUCUGUUUGUUUGUACAUCAUUCUCUGCAAUAAUCUUUUUUUCUUCCAUCUUUUCCUUGGUACACAGAGUUAAUUUUAACUAGUACUUUAUGACUGGAUGCUCUGUCCUUUGCUUUUUAAACAAAAAAAAACUUUUUGGAUGUUUUGUUGACCCAGUAACAUACACAGAAAAAAAUAAUUGGUGUCAUAUGUUUUAUUUUGUCAAUGCGGGUGCAAUUUUGUAAUUAGUUGAAGAGUUACAUUUCUGGACAUUUGGUCACUGCUGCAUUCAAAUGACAAGCCUUAAGGUAGAAAUGUUCCUGAACAGAGUAACUUGAAUAAAAGGCUUGGGAGAACUUUUAAAUUGAGAGGAUGGAAUAUAUCUUUUUAGUGUUACUAUUUUAAUGCUCAGGCAAACAGAAAAAGUGCAUAUCCUAAACACUAAGAAAAGUGCAAAGGAAAAUUCUUCUAACAAAUACUUACAAUCCAUUU